AUGAGUAGUAUUAACGGAGGGAGUACGUUACGUCGUAUGGCAACCAAAUCGGGAUCUUCUGGUGCAAUUGACGAGGAAGGAUUCAGGCAUGCAUUCUCAACAGUUUCCUCCUUACCGAUCUACUCCUCACGGGAUCUUUCCGAAUAUAUGACAAAGAUAAAAGAGUCCCUUUGUGUCAACCCCGAGGACUGGGAGCGUCGUGCAAAUGCGUUGAAAGACCUCCGCAAUGUUGUUGGCAGUGGAGGCCAUCAGAUGGAUGAAUUUCCAGCCCUUCUUCGAACACUGGAGACGCCUGUCCUGGGAUGUCUUCAGGAUCUUCGAUCCCAAGUAGUGCGAGAGGCGUCUGUUACUGUGGCAUAUUUGUCCCAAGAAACCGGUAGCAAAUUCGAUCAUUUUGCGGAGAUAAUUAUGCAAACUCUCCUCAAUUUGAUACCGAACAGUGCUAAAAUUAUGUCAACCAGUGCCAUAACCGCAAUUGGUUUUAUUAUCCGUAACACCUUUGCUUCGCGACUUUUCCCCAUCAUUGCCGGUGGUUUAUCGUCCAAAUCCAGUGUUUUGCGAAACUACGUGGACAUGGCCCUGGCCAUUGGUGGGUCUUCAGUGUGCUUGCGGUCGCUUGGACACAUGGAUGUUUUGUCCCACGGCGCUAUUUACCUACAGGCGCAAGGACCGUACGUUUGUAUCUUCCUCGAUCCCAUCUUUCAAUGCUGGCCUGUGCAUGUGCUGGAGAGGCACAUGGCCCUUAUUCAGGAAGUGCUAUGCAAGGGCGUUUCUGAUGCUGAUCAGGAUGCCCGAUCUGCAACAAGAAAGCAGGCUUGCUUGCAUGCCGCCCGUGUGAUUGGUUCGCUCGGUAGCAGGGCGCACUUUAAAUCCAGCAGUAACUGUGGUUGGGCGCGCGAGCCUGGCACAAUGCCUCACGCCACACCGCCAGCCCGUGCGCGCGUUUUCACGGCGGCCUUCAAGUCCUUCGCGGAAAAGUUUCCCGAUCAAGUGGAGACCGUGCUGCGAAAUUUAGACUUCGCCAAGCGGAAAGCGAUAGAGCGCUCACUCUCCUUAAAUGGGGCUGACGAUCAGUCGAGCGCGGCCAGUGGGACUAGCAGUCGAACGGCCAGUCAGACAAAUUUGGCCUGCCCAAGCGCCAAGCGUACUACCCGACCGGCCAUGGGCACCUCUGGUCUCAGCGGCAGCACUCGCAGACCCAACAUUCUUGCCACUGGCUCAAUGAUGUCCGAGACGGGGCGCAAAAAUAUUAGCGCAUACGGUGACUCACAUUCCCAUACUGGCGCCAAAAAGAUCUCAAUGUCACAGCCUGAUAGCCCCGGCUCGGUUGAACCGGCUACUGGGGCUACCAAAGAAGUGUCAUCGGAGCCUGAGUGCAACUUAAGUAGUGAACCAAAAAUCGGUGGGGCUGGUGAUAGGCCGGGAGAAGAUCCCAGUGUAUUUUCCCUUGCCGCCAGCCGUGAGACCUCUCCCAUAAGGACCGCUUCAGAAGUGGACUACAACGUGGGUGGUGCGAGUGCAGCCAGAGCCUAUGCCAAGACUCUCAGUUCCACGAUCAGCCGUCGGAAGGGACUAGGUUUCGGCGCCAGCGCUACGGUGCGUGGCCUACGAAGGACCUCCCGACCUGUGCCCCAUAGUCAGGAUCACUCUCGGGAGGGCUCACCAAUCUCUGCUGUCAGUGCCAACGCCCCCUACACUUAUGGUGCUGCCAACGCCGCCGGCUCCGUCACAAAUAAAAGGCCUUCGUUAUCGUCAAUGAGCGAUGCUGGAUAUUCACAGUUCAAGAGCCAAUCCCGUCGCCAAUACGAGUCAGACGACAAUGCCAGUGAGACGUCUUCUAUGUGUUCUGAGCGCUCGGGUCAAUCCAUGCCAGUAUAUCGUCGUACUCACCUGCGUCCUGUUAACGGAAUCGGGGAGAUAAUCAAAUUGUUGGGGAGUUCCCAAUGGUCUGAGAAGAAGGAGGGUCUAUUGCACUUGAAGGAGUAUCUCCGAUCGGGUCAGCCUUUGAGCCAUGCGGAGGUUAUGCGUGUUGCCGAGGUUCUCAGUGUAAUUUUCGGCGAAUCCUCGAGCAAGGUAAUCACCCCCUUCAUGGAGACACUGCAGCUCUUCAUCAAGGGCUACCACCAAUUCCUCCACGAUUGGAUCUACAUUGCUAUGGUACGACUCUUCAACCGCCAAGGGCAAGAAGUUCUCUCCACUCAUCAAAAGUCCAUUGCUGACACGCUUGCUGUCAUUCGGUCCCACUUCCCCCUCAACUUGCAGUUUGCCUGUUGCUGCCGCUUUAUAAUCGACGAUGCGAUGUCUCCCACCCUGAAAGUGAAGGCGCGAGUUUUGGAGUACCUUAAGGACCUUCUCGUCAUGAUGCCUGUCGACACCAUAAACAACCCCUCCAACGAAAUGGUGAAGAGCAUUGCUCGUGUUAUUGCUUGGUCUACGGAACCCAAGUCGGCCGAUGUUCGACGGUUGGCAAGCCGCGUGGUAAUAAAGCUUUCGGACCUCAACCCGGCAGCGUUCGCCAGCGUGGUUAAGCAGAUGCCAAAGGCCUCCCAGGAUCAGUCGGCGAAACUGCUAAAGACCUACCAGAAGACCGCCACUGCCAGCACCGGCAGCCACGAGGCUACCUCCCCUGAUGGCUCACGCACCUCUAAUCGGUUAAUCAAACCUCAAGUGGGCAAUGGUGGCAAGCCUUUUAGUCCCAUAUCACCAGUUUAUGUGCCUGCGGUGCAACAGGAGGUCGAUCACUUCCAAGCCUCAGGCAAAAAUCGAUCUACUAGCAUUCCUGAUGGUCGUGUGGGAGUGGAGCCCUCUUCAAGUUAUGGUCAGCCACCACCAUUGCCGCCACUCUACUCGGCCAACACGGUAAGACAGAAUGGUCAAAUGACCGAUGGAGCGCAUCAUUACUUCUCCAUAGCCACUGGCAGUAGUCACUCGCCUGCAGCUGGGGAUUCUGGUAACUUGCAACAAUUCUCACCGCAAUACUCCUACCUUCCGGCUAAAAGUCCACAGCAACAGCCUCCGACCUCGAUACUCAGCGGGUUCAGCAAUGACCUGCUCUGCCCCAAGUUAAAAAAGCCCGUCAUCGGGUAUCAGACAUUGAAAAAGAUACGCGGUAAGCCCACGGCCCAAGCCUCUACCUCCCCCCUUUCUCUGUUUCUCGUUAUUCCACCCUCUCUCCCGAGCAUCAGCAUGCGUGCGUUCGCUUGCAUUCCUGCAACAGCAAUGGCAGCAGCAGUAUCAAGGAUUGAAGUCUUCAAGAUGCCUCCAGAGGACGCCAUUACCGAGAUUCUGCAGGAGCUCUCCAACUAUAAUGACAGAUAUGAGCAACGGAAGGCGUGUAUGUUAAAGCUAAUCAAACUGCUACGAGACGGCACCAUUCAGACUUGGGAAGAGCACUCGAAACCCACUCUGUUGAUUCUCUUGGAGUCUCUCUCGGAUACGUCUAACGAGACGCGUGCGUUGGCCUUGCGAGUGCUACAGGAAUUGGUGCGCACGCAGGGCGACCUCAUCAGCGACUACGCCUGCCUAACUGUGAUGAAAAUCCUCGAGGCCUGUAACGACAUUGACAAGGGGGUGAUUCGCUCAGCCGAGGAGUGCGCACAGACAGUGGCACGCUACCUUUCGCAGGAGCUCUGCCUACGCCUCCUCACCACAGUGAUUAAUGACAACCAAACCUCGCUGAACUUGCCCGCGGUGAAGAUGCAGACCCAGGUCAUCAAGGUCUCCUCCCCUGAACUGGUUCAAGAGGUCCUACCUGAUCUCAUUCCUGGACUCAUUGCGGCCUGCAACCACGAGGACAGUCACAUGCGCAAAGCCAGUAUCUUCUGUCUUGUACAGAUUGCUAUUAAGUUUGGCGACGCCGUGUGGGACUACCUCAACGAGCUGACUGCAAGCAAGAAACGCCUUCUGCGCAUAUACAUUGACAAGGAGCUAGAGGGGUCUGGAAAGUCGAGUGAUUCAGUUCGCAUAAGUGGCAAUCUGUCAAUCGCUUGA